CUUUAUAUAUAUAUAUUUUUUUUUAAUCGGGAACAUAUUUCUUGUCUCCUUUGUUUCGCUACUGAACAUGAGUCAAGAAACCAGCUACAUAAACCACAUGUCGUAUCAUACACCGAAUAAAGGCACAUCCUUUCACUAUGAAAACACAACACCGCAACAAAAGUAUUCAUCCCCGAACAAACCAUCCACACAACGUCGUUAUGCUACACUUGAGGAAAGUGAAGCGGUGAUUCCUGUGUUUACGACACCUACCAACAUGUAUCUUUGGCACGAACUAAACCCUCAACCGAGAUAUACGAGCUCAACUCAACGCCCUACAUAUUCGCCUCAAAAGAACUAUCCUAAUCCACCUAAACAUUAUUCUACUUCGGCAUCGUUUGAUCCUCUUGUGGAUAAGAAACGCUCAUCUGCACCAUCUUCAUAUGGAUCCAGCUCCUAUGAAAAAACAAGAGGAGAGUCUACUUCAUCUCAAUAUCAUGCAAGUCCUCAUCUUGGUUCUCAAGAUGCAUCUUCCAGUCCAAGAACAUCCAACACAAAUACAUCUACCACCGCAGAUAUGCUUUUAGCUCAGUUAGUCGAUAUGGGAUUCUCACUUGAGAAUGCCAAAGUAGCCGUAGCAGCCACAGGAGGCAACAACUUACAAGAUGCACUUGACAUUUUAAUCCAAAACACACAAACAGCAUCACCCAAGAAAGCACCUGCUGAACCCAAAGACGCGCCUCUUUCUUCUGAUGAUGAUGAAGACUUGGAGAAAGAAAGAGAACAAGAAGCCUUAUGGAAGCAACAACAAGAAGAACGUCGAAAAGAAUAUCUGGAUCAACUCAAACGAAACAAACCUACGCCACCUACGCCCAAACAAUCAGAUCCUGUUACCUCGUUUGCUGAAAAGGAACGUAAACAAGGCAAUUAUCUGUUCAACAAAAACCGAUUUGAAGAAGCAGAAGCAGCCUAUAGUUUAGCCAUUGGAUCUUUACCAACAGGACAUGGUGAUUUAGUCUUGCUCUCUAAUAAUCGAGCUGCUGCUCGGUUAAAGCAAAGUAAAUAUCAUGAUUGCUUAGCUGAUUGUGCUGUCGCUAUUGACCUUGCACGUAAACAUAUCAAGUCAGGAACACCCCAAACCACACUCAUGACAGAGGCAUCAACUACCAUGAAAGCACAAUUGACAAAGGCCUUGCAUCGUAAAGCAUGUGCUCUUGAAGGAUUAUGUCUAUUUGAAGCAGCUAUUCAGUUUUAUGAAGAAUAUGUACGACUGGAAGGAUCCCGUAGUACACAAGUCAGCCAGGGUAUUAUGCGAUGCCAACAAGCUAUUUUAGAACAAAAGAAAAACAAAAAAGCCAAUCAACCUAGUUGGAAACCAGCCAACAAUAAUGCAAGUGCAUUUCCUGACAUUGAUUUCAAUAUGUUUAUCCCAAAGACAUCACAGCCUACACAAGCCGAGUUGGAUGAAAUCAAUAGCAGUAAGGCAGUACAAGAAAUGCGUGAAAGGGAGAAGAAGAAAGAAGCCGAAGAUGCUGAGAAAGCAGAAAAGCAAGAUAAAGUCAAUGCACAAAUUGCAAUGUGGAAGACAGGCAAAGAAAAUAACUUGAGAGCUCUUUUGAGUUCUUUGGAAUCCAUCUUAUGGUCUGGUGUUCAAUGGAAGAGUGUCAUGAUGAGUGAAUUAGUGGAGCCUAAAAAGUGCAAAAUCACUUAUAUGAAGGCCAUUGCUAAAGUGCAUCCAGAUAAAGUAAGCAGUAUUGUUUCUGUAUUAAAACUCAUCUUUUUUUUUAAAAAAAGCUUGCUUCUAAUGCUACUGUGGAACAACGUCUGUUGGCAAAUGGUAUCUUUACUACCUUAAAUCAAGCCUGGGAUGUUUUUAGGAAUGAGAAUCACUUUUAGAGUAUACCAUUUAUUUAAAUUAAACAAGCUU